GAAGAAUACAGUUCAGCUUUAGAUUGCGUUAGAUUGUGUAACGGAGAAUAAAAAAUGAAAAGUUGUUCUAUUCUGUAGAUAGAAAUGUAUCCGAUUUCUUUCAUUCAGCAAAACGAGAGAAAGAAAAAGAAAAGAGAAUGAUAUUGAUCUAUAUCUACGCGUAGACUAUGAUCUACGUCUACGAGUAGACUUAUUUUUGACGGCUUCCCUAAGAUAUGAGCAAAAUACUAAGUGACCGAUUUAUUCUGGAACACCCGUUACAUUUUAGUAGUAAAAAUGGUUUUUCUACUUUGACCCUUACCCGCCCUCUCCUUUGUUACAUUUAUUGUCUGAAACGCAAGCUUGAGAGGUACUUCCUUUGCGGUGAAAAAUUGAAAUCAACGUAAAAAGGUGGCUUUUCUUGUUUUUCACUAUGAAGGAGAUGUUCCCCAAUACUGAUCUUGAAGAUGAAGUAUAGGAAAUUGAAUUUUCUGAAUUUUAAUUGCUAAACUCAAUUUUGUACAAUUCGAUCUUCACAAUGCAAAACUACUGUUUCUCAUCAUUUACAACAAGGCGGUUUCUUACUAGGUGCGUCUAGUUGAAAAUGGCUGUACACUUGAUGCAUCGUCCGAUUUUGAUGCUUGGAUGGAAUGUAAUGGACUUAAAACGGUUCAAGUAGAUAGAUCACACGAUAUAUUCCACGAUGCAUCGCCCGACACAUGGAAUGAUGUAUCCGCCGGUUUAUCAGGCGAUUUGACAUGUGUCUCAUCUGGGACCGACACACAAUUAAAUUCAUCUCCUGAUACAUUGCCCGAUGAAUCCGGUUAA